AUGUCGAUCAGUGAGUACAAAUUAGCACGGUCAAGAUCGGCGCAGAUACUACGCCGAUCCAGUUCAGCCUCUAGGGUCCCCGUAAGUUUUGAAUACCGCUUUAUGUUAACUUCUUAACUAAUAUGAGUUCUACCAAAACUUAAAAAAUUAGAACUGUUUUAUAUUAUUAACUUUUAUAAAGUAAAUUAUUGUAGUAAGCAGAGAUAAUCUUAAAUAUUGUUCUUGCAGCUGAGCAGAUCGUCGUCGUUAUUAAGCCUCGGAAACUACCCUUACAACCGACCGACCACUCGACCUUUGUAUCACUUCCCAUCGGCCGAGUUCAUUUAUCACCGUGAAUACCGUGGAACGCGACUACUAGACGACUACCGCCACUACGAACCCUUAUACUACCGUUCCUACUACAACCCCGUUCCAAUGUACAACUCAUAUCGUUCCCCCACCAGAUACUACCCUUUCACCUUCAGCUGGUACCCUUACUCUCGACCGUACCUCUGGAGGCCACGGUAUUCCGUCUAUGAAUCUCGCUACGUUGACCCCACCUACAAUUGGUACAGUAGGAGUGCGUACUACUCGCCGUACCGUCCCAGUCUUUUCGACGGUAAGUUACCGGUCGUAUUCAGAUAGUCAAACAGUGUACGGUAUUUAGAUGCGUCACGGACCUUGUACACGAAGGGAUGGGUUAAGAACCUGACCAACUUCAAUCGCAAUGUGCUCUGGGAGUCCGUCCGAUGGACACCAAUGCCGCUUCCGUAA